CAUCUUUCCCCUCCCUCCAGCAGCCCCGGGAUGGCGGCGUGGGGCUUGUUGAAUACGGAGAAUGAAGACCCAGUCGGCAGUCGGGCCAAGGAUGUGCUGGCGCAGGAAUUUGGGCCUGGUACAAGGAAGGCCUUCAGGUCUGUUAACAGACACACAGAGCAUUCUGAGAACAUCAGUGAACCUCUGAAAUUCCAGCGGACCGCCUCCACUCCUCAAAAGGCAUCUGGGGAGACUGCUACCGCCAAAAUCUCUGUUCCUGCCUGGGAUGACGUCUAUCCAGAAAUAGAGAACUUUUUCCCCUACAAUCCCCUAGACUGUGAGAGUUACGAGCUGCCUGAGGAGCACCGGAUUGCACACUUGCCUUUGAGUGGGAUGCCGCUCAUGUUCUUGGAGGAGAAGGAGAAUUUUGGGGAGCGGUCGACGUCCCCCUUUAUCUUCGGGGAGCAGAGGGAUUUGGGAAAGCUGCUGUAUGAGGACCCCCCUACACCACCGAAGAUGUUCAUUCCCCUGUGGACAUCCGAUGUGUUGGAGUCUCCAAGCCUGUCGUCGGAGCUGGUGGUUGAAUUGCCGUCACCUGUUAGCUAUGACUCAGAUUCUUCGAUUUCUUAGUGCCUCAUAGUUAGUGUGUUUUUGUAUGAAUAAAGCUAUUCGUUUAACAGAC